AUGUUAUCCAUCCCCAACACCUACACUGGCCCCCAUACAUCUGCUGGGAUCGUCAUUGGCGCUGUCCUAGCCGCCGCCGGAGGCUUUAUCUUACUCUUCUUGAUUCUCUUCUUCACGGUUAACCGUCGGGCGAUCAGCGCAUCAGAAUCCGUUGUGGUUUCAGAAUCCACUCGAUCGAGACGCUCGCGAGCCCAAUCUCGCCCACGACGAACCCCGGAAGUCGUCGACGUCCGGUCGAGUGUAACAGAUUCGAUGAUGGAAGAGGAUUAUGUCGAAGUGUUUGAAGAGGAAGACUCGAUUGACGAGCCGCCAAGAAGAAAUAGGCGGUCGAGCGGCUACCGGACUGUCAAUCCAAGAGAGUAUGGGGGUGGGCACAGACCAAUGAGAGAGGUGCGGCACUGA